AGCCAGCACUAACUGGUUCCUUGAGGACUCCGACUGCUCACUUUAUUUCAGCUCAUCUCCUUGUGAACAAGAAGAAAGAAAUGAAACACUUGAUUUUUUCUGCUGUCUUAGUUUUCCUCUCUUUCAUUCAUACUACUUUUCAGACACAUGAUCUGUUCACACUGUUAGGAAAUGCCAAUGGAGCUCCAUGUUCCUUUCCCUUCCAGCUGAGUGGCAAACAGUACACUGGGUGCACGACUGAUGGCAGGUCAGACGGCUUGCUGUGGUGUGCAACAACUCCUGAUUUCGAUGCGGACCAUUUGUAUGGGUUCUGUCCAACUGCCAGCAAUGACAGAUUUUGGAGUACAGAUCCUUUGACAGGAACCUACUACCAGAUAAACUAUCAAUCAGCUCUCACAUGGCACCAAGCAAAGAAGAGCUGCCAGCAGCAGAAUGCAGAAUUAUUAAGCAUCACAGAGAUACAUGAGCAAAAGUAUCUAAGAGAUUUGAUUGACAGCAAGAGAUCCUCUCUCUGGAUUGGGCUCAACAGUCUGAAUCUCAACAGUGGCUGGCAGUGGAGCGGUGGCAUUCCCUUCAGAUACUUUAACUGGGCAGCAGGAAGCCCUGAGCCUGAGCCUGAGAAACUCUGUGCAGUAUUAAAUCCCAGAAGAGAUGCUAAAUGGGAGAACCAGCCAUGUGACUUGAAAAUUGGCUAUAUCUGUAAAAAGGAAAAUUCUACACUGAAUCCUUUCAUUCUUCCAUCAGAGCCUGUUAAAUGCCCAGAAGGAUGGUUGCCUUAUGGAGAUCACUGUUUCAUGGUUCAUAGAGACCCCAGAGUAUGGAAAGAAGCCCUUAUUUCCUGCAAUGAGAGCAAUGGCAAUCUGGCCAGUAUCCACAACCCUGAGGAGCAUGGCUUUAUACUGUCUCAACUUGGCUACAAAGCUGUGGAUGAGCUGUGGAUUGGUCUGAAUGACCUCAACACACAAAUGUAUUUCAAGUGGAGUGAUGGCACUCCUGUGACAUACACCAAAUGGUUGCCUGGAGAACCAAGCCAUACAAUCAAUGGGCAAGAAGAUUGUGUCAUUAUGGCAGGAGAGGAUGGAUACUGGGCAGACAGUGCCUGUGAUAGAAAGUUAGGUUACAUCUGCAGAAAAGACCCACUACAAGGAGUUUCUGGGACAGCAAAGAAUGAUCAUGGCUGCCUGAAGGGCUGGGUGAGACAUGGCUUUUACUGCUACCUGGUUGGAUACACUUCUGUAACGUUUUCAGAAGCAAAGAAAAGCUGUGAAAGGAGCAGUGGCUAUUUAACAAGUAUAAGAGACAGAUAUGAGCAAGCCUACCUGACCAGCCUCAUUGGACUGAGGUCUGAGAUGUACUUUUGGAUUGGUCUCUCAGACACUGAAGAGCAAGGGAUGUUCAAGUGGGUGACUGGUGAAGGUGUUCUGUACACAAACUGGAAUGCAGCAAUGCCUGGGAACGAAGCUGGUUGUGUUGCUCUAAGGACUGGAAAAGCAGCUGGACUAUGGGAUGUUCAGAACUGUGAAGUAAAGGCAAAAUUUCUCUGCAAAAAACUAGCGGAAAAAAUCACUCUUCCUCUUGCUCCUGAAGCUUCUUCUGAAUUCAAAUGUCCCUUGGGUUGGGAAACAAGCAAUAGCACUAAUUCAUGCUUCAGAGGUUUUGCAGGAGAAGAAAAUCAAAAGAAAACAUGGUUUGAAGCCAGAGAUUUCUGCAGAGAAAUAGGAGGAGACCUGGCUGCCAUUAGAAGUGAGGAUGAGCAAUCAGUGAUAGAAAACAUAAUAAGAAAAAAACCUUCAUCAUCUCAGCCUUUCUGGAUAGGUUUGCAAUGUUUGGAUCCUGACAGUGGGCCUUCAUGGAGUGAUGGAUCUCCAGUAAAUUAUGAGAAAAACAGUUAUUUUUGCAAUGAUGGGUUUGAAUAUUGUGGAGCAAUCAGUGAAAAGCACUCCAUCGAAUGGAUUAAAGUGCACUGUGAAAACAGUCACAACUGGAUCUGUGUGGUAAAGAAAGGGACACCCUUGAAACCAGAACCUCUGAGACCUUCUGAAACAUAUGAAGUCACAGAAGAUGGCUGGAUUAUAAAAGGAGACAAACAAUAUUUAUUCAGCACAGAAAAGACCUCUAUGGAGAAAGCCAGAACAUUCUGCAAAAACAAUCACGGAGACCUUGCUACUAUUGGAAAUAACAGUGAAAGAAAAUUUUUGUGGAAAUAUAUCUUAAAAAAUGGCAAAUUGAAGUCCUAUCUCAUAGGAUUAAUUAAAAAUGCUGAUCAACAGUUUAGUUGGAUGGAUGGAAGCCCGGUGGACUACGUAGCUUGGGCACAGCAUGAGCCUAACCAUGCAAGUGGUCUAGAACAUUGUGUGGUCUUAAAUAAAGAGGAUGGUUUGUGGAAUGAUAUCAGCUGUGGUUUUUCAAAUGGCUAUAUCUGUCAGAGGCACACAAGUUUUAUAAACACAACACUUCCUUCAGAGGUACCGUCACCUCCUGGAGGAUGUCCUGAAGAUUGGUUUCUGUUUAAAAAUAAGUGUUACAAAUUCUUUGGCUCUUCCUAUGAAUACUGGCAUACUGCAAGAAGAACUUGUAUUAGCCUUGGAGGAAACCUGGCGAGUAUACCUAAUGAACAAGUACAAGCUUUUCUCACUUAUCAUUUGAAGGAUGUUUCGAAUGAUCCCUGGAUUGGCUUGAAUGACAUACUCAGUGAACUCAACUUUGUUUGGGUUGAUGGAAACGAUUUAUCCUAUACAAAUUGGGCUCCAGAUUCCCCCAAACUUAUAGAACCUGUUUUGUAUCCCAGUCUACAUCCAGAAGACGGUCACAAUCUGUUGCAGUUUGAUUGUGUUUCUCUGAAGAGAGGUCCUGCUGAUGACACAGGAAAAUGGAGCGAUGAGGAGUGUAAUAGGUCCAAAGGGUUUAUAUGCCAGAAGAAUAGCAAUCCUAAACUCUUUAAGUCAACAGCAACGGUGCUGGACUUAGCUUUGGACCAUUCUGAUGGCAUUAGCUAUUCUGUCACCCGUUCCAAAAUGAACUGGGAGGAAGCACAGAAAACCUGCAAUAACAAUGGCUCAGAACUUGCCAGCAUUUUAGACCCAUAUAGCCAAGCACUCUUGUUCUUACUUGCACAGGAAUAUGGAGAGCCUCUGUGGAUUGGUCUAAACAGCAACAUGACCAAUGGCAAGUAUCAAUGGAUUGACAGAUGGAGAUUAAUUUACAGAAAGUGGUCCAGUGGGGAACCAAAACAGAGAUUAGCUUGUGUCUAUUUAGACAUUGAUGGCACCUGGAAGACAAUUUCUUGCAAGGAAGAACUAUUUUCUGUCUGUAAAAAAUCAGAUGUCAUAGCCCCUACUGAGCCCUCGCAGCUUCCUGGAAAAUGCCCCGAAUCAAGAGGACACAGAUCUUGGAUACCUUUCCAUGGUCACUGCUAUUACUUUGAGGCCUCCAGGAAAAGAAGCUGGUCUCAAGCUCAUGAGGAAUGCACCCGACUAGCUGCUAAUUUGGUAUCAGUAGGAGAUUAUACUGAAGCAAACUUUUUGGCACACACCAUUGAGAUACUCCACGGAAAAUCACCAAACUUUUGGAUAGGCCUAAAGAAAAAUGAUGAUGGACAGUGGUUAUGGACAGACAAAUCUGCAAUGGAUUUUGUCAACUGGCAAAUAGGAGAACCUUCAAACAGACGGCAUAAAGAUUGUGGAGAAGUCUGUGCAUUUUCUGGCACCUGGAACACCAACAUCUGCUCUUUCAAAAAAGGAUAUAUCUGUAAAAAGCCUAAAACUCCUGAAAACACAGAGACCUCAACAGAAAAUACAGAAGGAAAAAGAGAGAAAGUACUUUCCACUGGCAUUGUUUGGCUGUUCGUUCUUCUAGCCUUUUCUGUAGUUGUUGCUGGAAGUGUAACUUAUUUCUUCUUGAGGAGGAAAACACGAAACCUUCUACCUAUUUCAGCCAGAAUGAGUGGACCAGAAGCAACUGAUGAUAUCCAAGAAGAUGCACAUACUGACAUGUAGCAUGACAAAAUGCCCAUACAUUCCAAGUAACAAGAACCAGCCAAUGAAUCAGUGAAACCUUACGCCAACUUUGCAUUUACAACCCAGAUAAUAGUAUCCUCUCUUCACAAAUAUAAAGUUCAUGGAUUUAUAUAAGUAUGCACAGAUACAUAAUCCCUCCAAAAUUCCAUCCCAAGUCUAACAGAGAUGCUUUUGUUUAGUUUGAGGAGAACAAUUAUCUUUUUCACAAAAACACUCCUCAUUUCCUAUU